AUGGCUGCUUUCUGUGCGAGUGGGCUGCCUCGACGCACAGGUGGCGCUCUUCUUGCUGCUCUCUUUGUUGUGCAGUUCCCACAAGGAAGCGUGGCACGAGUACAUGAUAACUUCGCUAGCCAGUUUGGUGGUGGAGGCAUUCAAGAUGGCAUUUCCCCUCAUUCCUCUAAGUUUCCCAUGCAUGCCAUGCCUGGCCAACCCCCCAAUGUUCAAGGAAUGGAUCCUUUGAAUCCUGUGAAUGAGCUGGAUCAUGUUGCUUCUCCUCUAUCUUCACUAGAGCUUCCCUUGGCACCCAUGAUUGCGCCGUUGAUGUUUGGGUCAAAAACGGGAGCAGGCGCUGCCACUGCUGCAGGAUGGGGUCCAACCAUGGGCAUUGGGAGCGCCAAUUAUAUACCACCUUAUGCUCAGCCGUCGGGUAUGAUGCCGGGAAGCGGUGCAGCUUCUACAUUAGCGAGCAAACUGCGUUCUCAGAAGGCGCUGGCGGCGAGUUUGCCCGUAAUUACGAAUAAAGCUGGAGAUGUGAUGAAUGCGGAUCCUGUGGUCGACACAAGCGUACCUGUGGGGUUCCUGUCUAGCGCAAAUGGGGUGUAUCUAGCACCUCGUUUUCCCUCGACUCUGCAAGCUGUUGCUGAGCCCAGCGAAGACGCUUUAAAGAGUUGCAUCAUGCGCGUUUCCGUCCGCACCUUGACAAAUGAGUUCAGCGACACUCUUAAAUGGGGCAGCGUGAAGGUCGAAGGCAGCUCCGUAAAUCAGUUGCUGCAAGUCUUGUCCACCAGCGCACCUCGCUUUACCUCAAAGCUGGCCGCCCCCAUGGUCCUCCUGCAGAGGGCUGCAGGGGCCCGCGUGAAGUACAACGUGAAAUUGGCAGUGCCGAAGGGCUGCGCCUUGCUGCCUAACGACCAAACCGCGAUGGUAUUGGUGAAGAGCAUUGGGUCGUAUAUCUAUGGAGUGGAUAUUACUCUGCGGCCCGACAUGAUGGGACAAUACAUGCCAUCUGUGGUGGGGGUCCCGAGCGAUUUGAUUGCUUUUGCAUCCAAAUUGCCUGAAAAUUCGAAUUUUCAGCCUGUGGGUCACUGUGCAUUUGUUGCUCGUUUUUCGGCGUCGCCGGAAGAGAUCUCGUUGGGCGCCUCGUUCACGAGAGUGAGAAUAGUUGCGUUGACGCAGUAUGGAUCCGAAGCACUGGAGCUGCAGAUCCCCAUAGAGUGCCUUCCACAAUCGCUGCACCGCACUGCCUUGUGGUCCACCAAGCUCAGCAGCGGAACAGCAGUAUUUGUCGCUUUCAGCCCGCCCCCUCGCGAUGAUAACGAGUGGUUCCCCAUCCGACACACGGAUUAUGAAGUUGAUUUUCAGAGUGCAACCACUUCCCACAGAUAA